AUGGCGCGGAACAUGGGCAUUCCGCCCGGCUUCCGCUGCUCCAUUGGCUGGGUGCGCCGUGCGUUGCGGCGCCAGGGGGUGAGAUGUCGUGCAUCGGCAGGCGAGGCUGCCAGCGCCGACAUGGCUGCCGUGCGUGACGCCCGCGACAAGCUGCCGCAACUGCUCACGCACCUCGGCCUCAGCCCGCGCGACACUUACAAUCUGGACGAGACAGCCCUCUGGCUGUCUGUGCUGCCGCGGAGGACUUACAGCAACGCCCGCAUACCAGGGCGCAAAAUCUCCAAGGACCGCCUAACCGUGGCGUUUCUCGUGAACGCGGACGGGAGCCACGCAUUCCGGCCGUUGGUCAUCAGCAAGGCGAGGCGCCCCCACGACUUCCGCCCGGAUUACGACCCCGAAGCCGUCUGCUAUUGGCGGCACAACGCCAAGGGUUGGAUGACCGCUCCGCUGUUCACUCACUUUAUAUCGCAGCUCAAUGCUGCGAUGUAUGCUGAAGGACGCCACAUCGUGGUCCUUCUCGACAAUGCGAGCUCGCACAUGCUGCGGGACGAGUGCGCGUGGAGCGAGUACGUUUGCGGCAUGAGGACGACGUGCAUGAGCAACGUCCGCCUCGUUUUCCUGCCGCUGAACACUACUGCCUUCACACAGCCUCUCGACCAGGGCAUAAUUGCCACUGCGAAGGCCCGCUACCGCCAGCACUGGCUGCGGGCCUUCACGGCACUGUGGAACGACGACGGUGCGACGAGCGCCGUCGCACAGUACCGCCCCAACCUGCGCGACGUCCUGGGGUGGCUCUCGGACGCAUGGAUGAGCGUCGGUGCGCGCACCAUCCAGAGGUGCUGGUGGCGCACUGGAUGCCUGCCGCUGUCGUGGUCGCUGGAGUUGACCCAUGUUCACGACGACGAGCCGACCCCGCAUCCCUAUCCCGACAUCGAGCUCGAUGAAGACAUCAACGACGUCGGAACUCUCAUUAGCUCCCUCGGUCUCGGGAACGGCGCGAUGACCGCCGCGGAAUACGUCGCGAUCGACGACGGUGAGCCAACGUCCGCCGAGACCGCGGCGGAGCUUCUGACUGAUGAGCCGGAAGCGGCCUUGGUGGCGACGCUAUGGAGGGCGCCGACCACGAUGCAGGCGGUGUACGACGAUGCGGACCCCGUGGGCCGUGAAGCGCGCCGCACUGCCCGGGCGGCCUGUGAGAUGCUCAUCGGCUAUGCGCGCGCCGUGAACGUGACUCCGCGCGACCUCUGCCACCUCUUCGACAUACGCAAUCCCGUCAUCAUCGAGCGCAUGGAGCGGGCAAGCCCCGCCAUUAAUCUCAACAUGGCCCCGCCGCCCGUGCUCACUCCGGGCUCAACGCCCACGCCCGACACCCCUCGUCCGCGCGGCCGUGUGCUGCCUGGCUGGAUGACCCAGCCAUCCCGCCGGCAGCAGCUGCUGGACGGCGGUGUUGGCGCCGCCAUGGGCGGGUACGUUGAGGCGGCUGAGUGGAUGCGUCUGGAUGGGACGAAGGAAUCGCCUCGGGAUUCCCGAACCAAGGCGAAAAGCCGCGCAGGUACCGAGCCUGAGCCGCUAGGCUUGGCGUCCCCAGGCUCGUCCGCCAAGCCUGCUGCUGCGAAGGCGUCGCCAACUCAGCGGUCGUUUUCGCCGGGCGGGAAUUACACGCGGGAAGAAAUUCGUAAGAUGGAGACGAUGCUGCACAAGUUCGAGGAGGAUCUGGAGCUGAGCAACUUCGAGCUGGCGGCGCUGAAGGCGCGGCACAUGGAGAAGGUCAGCCGGCUCAAGGUGGUGGAGGAGGAGAUCGUCAUCAGCGAGCAGCGCAACAAGAGCCUGCAGCUUGCACUUGCUGCUAUGGAGAAGGAAAUGGCUUCUUUUGAGUCUGCCAAGGUGAAGAUGAGGAAGAAGAUGGAGGAGGAGCAGGCGGCUAAGACAGAAGAAGCAAUCCGGGCAGCCUUGAAAGAUAUUGAAGACGGGCAGGUGGCUCCGUUGAAGGCUGAGGUCGAGUCUCUCAGGGCAGCCUCGGAAGUUUUGACGGCUGAGCUGGCAGCUGCCCGGGCUGCCCUGGCGGCGAAAGAGGCGGAGCUGUUGGUUGCUGAGUCUGAGAAUGAGAAGGUUUGCGGGCAGCUUAGUGAGGAAGAGGCGAAUCACAAGGUGACACGUGGCGAGCUGGAGGAAGCGAGGGACGCGGUGGAAAGGGCUCGGAAAGAGGUUGCAGAGGCGGAAAAAGAGCUGGAUGGGCUUAAAACGAAACACGAGGAGGCUUGUAGCGAGUUGGAGGGGCUGCAAGGGAAGUAUAAAGGGACUUGUGAGGAGCUAGAAAGGCUCAAAGAGGAAAUAGAGUCCCUUAAGGGGGAGAACAAAGAGGUAAUGGAGGAUUUGGGAACGGUUAAGGGGGAGUGGGAGGCCAGGGGUAAGGAAUUAGAGGUGAUGGCGAAAGAGAAGGGAGAAAUGGAAGAGGAGAUGGAGAGUAUGAGAGGCAAGUGCGAGGAGCAAGGGCGGGAGCUGGAGCAACUGCAACAGCUGCAUGAUAAAACGAAUAACGAGUUGCAUGAUAUGGAGGAUGGAAACGAGAAGCUGCAGAGGGAAGUGGAGGGGUUGAAGGGUGAACUGGAAGGGUUGAGAGGAGAGAAAGGGGAAGCUGAGGAGGAGAUAGGGCAGCUGAAAGCGAGGAUUGAGGAGGCGGAAGGGGAGUUGUGGAAGUUGAGAGAGAGGGGAGAGGAGAGGGAGAGGGAGAUGGUGGCGUUGGAAGGGAGGAAUGAGGAGGCGAGGAAGGAGGCGGAGGAGUGGAAGGGGAAGCAUGAGGAGUUGGGGAAGGAGUUGGAGGAGGUUAGAAGGGCGAAGGAGGAGGAGAUGCGAGAGAAGGACGAGGAAAUACGGGAGAAGGAGGAGGAGAUGCGAGAGAAGGACGAGGAAAUACGGGCGAAGGAGGAGGAGAUUCGGGAGAAGGAGGAAGUAAUACAGGCGAAGGAGGCAGCUGUUAGAGAAGCGUUGAAGGAAGCAGAGGAUUUGAGGGAGAAAGUGGCGGAGAGAGACGGGCAGGUGGGGGGGCUGGAGCAGAGAGUGGGAGAAUUACAGCAGAGGGUAGACGAGCAGGGGAAGGAGAUUGAAGGUUUGAGAGGAGAGGUGGAGGAGGAGAGGAAGGGGAAGGGGGAGGUAGAGGCGGCUUUGGCAGCGGCUACUGGGGAGGUGGGGGAAUUGAGGGAGAGGGUUGAGGGGCUGGAGAGGGAGGUGGGGGAGGAGAGGACGGGGAAGAGUGUGGCUGAAGCAGCGCUUGCGGUUGCGACUGGGGAGGUGGGUGUUUUGGGGGAGAAGGUUAGGGGUUUGGAGGAGAAGGUGAGGGGGUUAGAAGAGGAGGUGGAGAGGGAGAGAGGAGGGAGGGAGGAGAGUGAGAAGGAGCUUGAGAGUGUGAGGAGGGAGAGGGAUGAAUUGGUGAAGGAGAGAGAUGAGGUGAGGAAGGAGUUAGAAGGGGUGAGAGGGGAGAGGGACGAAUUGCAUGAGAGGAUAGAAGAGAUGGAAGGGAGGAUGGAGGAGAUGGGGAUGGGGAGGGAGGCGGCGGAAUUCGAAAAGGCGGAAACAGAGAGACUGCGGAAGGAGGAGAUUGCAGCCAGGGAGGCGGUUGAGGGUCAGUUGGCAGCAGCACAGGGAGAGCUGGAGCAGAGAGUAAAGGAGGUAGAGGAGGUGACUAAAGCGAAGGGUUUGUUGGAAGAGGAGGUGAAGCAGGUGAGGGGGGAGUUGGGGGGGAGGGAGGAGGAAUUGGGAGAGCUGAAGGGGAAGCAUGAGGUGCUGACGUCAGAGCACCAAGCGCUGAUGUCAGAGCACGAGGAGCUGAAGUCAGCAAACGAGAAGCUGACGUCAGAAUGUGCUGCGCUGGCGGCAGCACAGGCAGCGCUGGCGGUUAAGAUUGAGGAGGUGACUAUAGCGAAGGAAGGGUUGAUGAGUGAGCUUGAGGAGGAGAAGGAGGGGCGGGUAGCUGUAGCUGCUGAGCUGGCGGAAUCGUAUUCUGAUCUGGCUGGCAUCCAUGCUGAGCUGGAAGCGCUGACUGCCACGCAUGAUUCCCUGAAGAAAGAUCACGAGGCACUGAAUGAGCGGUACAAUGCGAUGAAGAGCGAUUUAGAGAGUAAGUCUGGAGAGGCAGGGGGGCUGGUGGAGGAAAUAAACAGAGUGAGGGAGGAGAGGGAUGAGGGGAAGAAGAGAGAGGAGGAGGGGAAGAAGAGAGAGGAGGAGGGAAAGAAGAGAGAAGAGGCUUUGACAGCUGAACUCGAGCAGGCACAAAGGGCGGUUGAGGGGUUGAAGGGGGAGUUGGAAUCUUCCAAGAAAGAGAAUGGAGAGCUUAUAGGAAAGCUCGCCGCUGCUGUUGCCGACCUUGGAGCUGCCGAAGCUGCAACAGAGGCUCGGGAAGCGGAGCUGGCAGAAGUUCGGGCCGAGCUGGAAGGAGUGGCGAAAGAGAGGGGCGAGCGGGAGGAGGAAGUGGGGAAGGCGAGGGGGGAGAUCGAGGCACUGGAGAAGGAAAGGGAGGGAUUGAAGGGAGAGAUGGAGAGAUUGACCCAGGAAAAAGAGGCUCUAAUUGUGAGCCAUGCUGCUGCUCUGGCUGAGCUAGUAGCUGCGAAGGAGUGUGUGGAAGAAGAGGUGAAGAGAUGGCAGGAGAAGCAGGAGCAGACGGUUAAGGAGUUGGAGGGAGUGAGGGAGGAGGCGGAGGAGAGGAGGAGGGAGGCGGAGGGGAAGGAGAAGGAGCUGUUGGCUCGGGCCGUAGCUGCGGAGGUGCGGGCGGGUGAGCUGGAGCAGGCUCAGGACGAGGCUGCGGCUGUGGUUGGGGAGACCCAGGCAGCUCUGGAUGCUGCUAAGGAGGAAAUUGUGACUAUAAAGGGGGAGCUGGAGAAAAAGGAGGGGGAGAGGAAGGAGCUAGAGGGAGCUUUGGCAAGGGAGAGGGGCGAGAAGGAAGAACUGAGUGCAGAGAACGAGCGGCUUAAAGAGAAAGUGGAGACGCUUUUAGAGGGGAUGGAUGGGACCAAGCAUGGGCUGGCUGCUGAGGUGGAUGCUCAUGAAAAGACAAGGGAGGAGCUACAAGAGACAAAAAAGACUCUUGAGGAAGUGAGAGGGGAGUUGGAGGAAGUGAGGGGAGAGCUAGAGGAAGUGAGAGGAGAGCUAGAGGAAGUGAGAAGGGCGUUGGACGAGAGUGAGGAGGGGAAGAAGGAGGCUGAGGAGGAUUUGGAGGGGGCGCUUGCGGCUGAGGCUGCUGCUAGGGCGGAAGCUGCUGCUGCAUCUGCGGCAGCAGUGGCGACGGCAGCGGCUAAGGAUGGCGAGCUGGGAGAGAAAGAGCGGGAGAUGGGGCAGGUGAAGGAGGAGCUUGGGCAGGUGAAAGAUGAGCUCGGGCAGGUGAAGGGUGAUGUGGAACGGUUGACUGGGGAGGUUCGGGAGAAAGAGGAGAGGAUAGCGGGGCUUGAGGAAGAGUUGAAAGAGGCUCGGGCCAGUGCCGAGGCUAAGGAGGCUGCUGCGGCUGCUGCUGCUGCUUCUGCUGCUGCGGCGGCGGCUACUGCGGCUGCUGUGAAAGAAUCCGCUAAGAUGUCUGAAGGAGAGGCACAGAGGAAGGUGCAAGAGCUGCUGGAAAAGCUGGAGGGUUUGGAGAGGGAGAGGAGGGAGGGGGAGGAGAGGGAGAAGGGGUUGAGGGAGGAGUUGGGGGCGGCUAAGGAAGCAGAGGAGGAGGCGAGGGAGGCAGCAAGGAUGGCAGCGAGUAGAGGGAGUGAGAUGGUGGUGGCGAUGGAAGGGGAGAUGGAGGGAUUGAGAGGGAGGUUGAAGGAGCGAGAGGAGGAGGUGGAGAGGUGUAAGGAGGAGUUGGAGAAGGUUAGGGGGGAGUGGGCGGCUGAGGUGGAGCGGUUGGGGAGAGAGAAGGAGGAGGCUGUUGGGGAGGCUGAGAGGGAGAAGGAGGAGUUGCGGAGUAAGAUGGAGGAGGAGAAGGGCGUUUUAGAGGAGCAGGUGAAGCAGCUUACAGAGAGGAUGGGUGAUCUGGAGGAAGGAAGGAGUGGAUUGGAAGCAACGGGGGUUAAACUGGCUGGGAGGAUACAGGAGCUAGAGGAGGAGAGGGAUCGGUUAGAGGGGGAGAGAGAUAGAGUACAGGGAGAGAAGGAUAAGCUUGAGGAGGAGAGGGGGGAAAUGGAGGAGGAGUUGAGGAAGGAGGGGGAGAGAGUGAAAGAGCUUGAUGAGGAGUUGAGGAAGGAGAGGGAGAGAGUGAAAGAACUGGAGGAGGAGGCAGAAACAAGGGGGAGGGAGGAAGAGGCUCGAGUGGCAGCAGUUAACGCACAGUUGGAAGCUGGAAGGGCGAAGGAGGGUGAAGAAUUGGCUCAAGCUGAAGCCGCAGAAGCUAAGCAGGCGGCAGAGGCGGCCCAGGCCGAGGCUGCCGAGGCUAGACUAGCAGCGGAAAUAGCUCUGGCCGAAGCUGCUGAGGCUCGGGAACGUGCGGGCACAGCGGAGGGGGAGUUGGAAGCGGUGCGGAUGGAGAUGGAGGGGUUGAGAGCGUCAGAAGCAGCAGCGAGGUCAGCAGCUGAAGAGGCCAAGACUGGGGGGUCAGUGCGGCUUGCGGCUAGUCUGUGGCGAGCUAGGGUGAAUCAAGGAAGCUUGGAACGCAAAUGGAAGGAGGGCGAGGAGAAACGGAGAGCCAAGGAUGCUGCCGCUGCCGCUGCUGCGGCCGAGGCUGCGGCAGCGGCAGCAGUGGCUGCUGCUGCUGCAGAAGCGGAGAAGGAUAGAGUGGUGGUGGAGAAGGGGAAGAUGGAGGCUGAGAUGUCUUUUAAGCUGGCUGCGGUUGAGGGAGAGUUGAAGACAGCUAAGGAUGCGGAAGGGGAGCUUCGGCUGCAGGUUCGGGCACUUCGCCGAACCUUGGAUGCUCUGGAAGGCGAGGUUCGGAAGUGGAGGGAGGAGGCUCGGAUCCGGAAGAAGCGGGUUGAAGAGGAAGCAGCGGACACUCUGAGGAAGUGGAGGGAGGCGUCUCUGGCCAUGGCGUCGGAGGGCGGGAUGCCGCCAACAGGGGGUGGUGGCAAGAAGGGCGGUGGCGGGUUCACUGCGCAAUUUAGAGACGUCAGCUCGGGUGGGGGGGUUCCAGCAUUCCCGGAGCCCCACAAGACGAAGGUCAACAAAGAUACUCCUCCUGAGCCCGAGUCCGCCAAGUGUGGAUGUGUCAUACUCUAA